UCAUGAGAAAUGGAGAAUGGCAUGAUUUGCGAUGUAGUAAUACUCUGCAUUUCAUUUGCAACAACAUGAACACAGGACUCGUCUUUGUCAAUCAGAUGAAGAACUGGAGAGACGCUCAGAGUUUCUGCAGACAGAAUAACACUGAUCUGGUCAGUUUGAGGAACCAGAAUGAGAGUCAACAGAUUCAGAAGUUCAUCAAUGAUAGUCACAUAUCGACUGAUGUCUGGAUCGGUCUGUUCAGAGUCAGAGACCCAUGGCAGUGGUCAGAUCAGAGUAACUCCUCUUUCAGAAACUGGAAUUCUUAUGAACCUGAUAAUGUUGGAGGAAUUGAAAACUGUGCAGUGACUGGACCAAACGCUCAGGAUAAAUGGCAUGACAUCUCUUGCAACAACCAGUUUCCUUUUGUGUGUCAUGAAGAUAAACUGAUUCUGAUCACUGAGACUCUGACGUGGACUGAAGCUCUGAGAUACUGCAGACAGAAUUAUACGGAUCUGGUCUCGGUUCAUUCAGUCCAGAUGCAGCGUCGUGUGAUGAAUGUGGUUAAACGUGCGUCUACUGAGGCGGUGUGGUUGGGUUUACACAACUACUGCAGCAUGAACAUGUGGCUCUGGUUGAGCGGAGAGAUCGUGUGCUAUCAGAACUGGGCUCCAGGGAACGGAACGACACCGGAAAACUGCAGCCUUGAGAAGAGAAAAGGAGCAGUUCAGUCUGGAGGAGAUCAGCGCUGGAUCAGCCUUCCUGAAACUCGCAAACUCAACUUCAUCUGCAGCAGAUAUUAGCACUGAGAUGAUGACAAUGUUUGUGUUUUUCAUUUUUCUUAUUUACUUUCAUAUGUUUGAUUUGUUCUUUAGUGAUUUCUGAGUGAAUCUUCUGUUUAAAUAUUAUGUUUUAAAAAUCGGUUUUAUUUCUCUGUUAAUUGUCAUGACAAUAUGAUUUUAUUAAAGU